AUGGCUAAGUUUGACAUCAUGAACCACUCAUUUGAUCAUCAUGUUCUUAACUCUCUACAUGAUCAAGAGUUGCCCGUUGCAGUACCCGAAGAGCAACGUCGGCUGGUCAAUGAAAUGGAUUUCUUUUCCGACAAGAAUCCUUCCAGGGAUUCAAGGAAUGUUGAGAUCAAGAAAGAGAGUGUACAACAAUCUGAGCUCAACGUGAAUACCGGUUUAAAUCUUCUUACCACGAACACUACAGUCAGUGACAAGGCAACUGUGGAUAAAGGUGGAUCACCACCAGGAACAGACAAGAGAACUUCUAAUGAGACCGAGCUGAACCGGAUGAAUUCAGAAAAUCAACGGUUAAAGGCUAUGCUUAAUCAGGUUAACAACAAAUUCUAUACCUUACAAAUGCAUAUAGUUACACUCAUGCAACAACAGAAGAAUCCAAAAGCUGAAAGUACAGAAGAGACCAAGAUGAUUGAUGGGGACCUAGAAGAGAGAAGACGACGAAACGUCUUGGUUUCUAGACAAUUCAUGGAUCUUGGCCAAGCUCUCAUCUCUGAUAAAGAUGAACCUCCACAGUCUUCAUCUGAAGGAAGAAACCGGGACUGUUAUGAGUCACCACACUACAGAGAACAUAUACCAAUGGCAGCCUUUGAGUCACAGAAUUAUGGUAAUUGUGGUGAUCAUGAAAAUCCUGCGUUUGAUCGGAGGAAGACUGAUUGUGAGGAGAGAGAAGAUAGCCCUCGUGAACAAGAUUUUCAAGAAUGGACAUCGAACAAAGUCCCUAAACUACAGUGCUCUAAGGAUUUUGAUCAAGCCACUACGAGAAAGGCCCGUGUCUCAGUUCGUGCACGAUCUGAGGCAACCAUGAUCUCUGAUGGAUGCCAGUGGAGAAAGUAUGGACAAAAGAAGGCAAAAGGAAACCCAUGCCCUCGAGCUUAUUAUCGUUGCACCAUGGCUGUCGGGUGUCCAGUACGCAAACAAGUACAAAGGUGUGCAACAGAUCAAACGACCGUCAUAACAACUUAUGAAGGACAACACAACCACCCUCUCCCUCCUGCUGCCAUGACAAUGGCAUCAACCACAUCAGCAGCAGCGUCGAUGUUACUCUCAGGGUCAAUGUCAAGUGCAGAUGGGCUAAUGAACUCGAAUGCCCUCGCAAGAACACUACUCCCUUGUUCCCCAAACAUGGCAACAAUCUCUGCUUCGGCACCAUUCCCUACUAUUACAUUGGAUCUCACCAACUCUCCAAACCCUUCACAGUUUCAACGACCACAAAGCCAAUUCCAUGUCCCCUUUCCCAACCCACCUCCUACAUUUGCUUCUAUGCCACAGAUUUUUGGCCAGGCUUUGUACAACCAAUCGGAAAGCUCAGGUCUUGAGAGCUCACAGGAAAUGAUGAGAGCAACGGCGGCCAUUACUGCGGACCCGAACUUCACUGCAGCUCUAAUUGCAGCCAUUACCUCUAUCAUUGGCAAUGUUCAACCAGAGAGGAAUAGUAGCAAUAACAAUACUAUCAGAAACCACAGUGAGAGCAAAAUGGAAGACUCAAUAUAUUAG